GCUUAGUUGGGACCUGCACCAUUCUGCGUCCUUGCUUUCGGUCAGAACAGGAGAUGGUUUGUUUGUUCGUGACUCCUUGGAGAGUAUUUUAUCGUUCUUUGUGACUCUUUGUUGCAACUCCAUGGCAUCUUGUGAAAGUUUUCUAAGCCGUUCACGUCCUAUCUGUGGGCCUCCCUGUGUGUGUUCAAUUGGCAAAUUUGCUCCUAGUCUCGAAGUUCGAAUUAUUUGUAACACGACCGAUUCCAGAACUGGUUAAAGUCCAGUAGUACUAGUGUUAUUUGUAUCGUGCAGUGCUAGAGAAAGACAGGACACCGAAUUGUUCGGCUCGUGACAUCUAUAAUCUACCCGCGGCCAGGCCCGAAGAGUGAAAUACUGCAUCGUCAGUCCUCGCAGUGUCCGCACUAAGGCUAGGACCUGCUGUCGAUUCCACCCCUUUGACUCCGGCGCAGUUAAGCCAGCAACUGCUGUUGUGGUGAAGAUGAGUUCUGAAGUGCUGCUUUGGGAGACUGACGAGGAAGCGGAUGCAUCCGAGUCAGUGGCAGCGGGUCAGUCUGAUUCCAAAGAGGACACCGGCGAGGCGAAGGAGAGCAGUUCCGAAACGAAGGAAGCCACGAAUGAUCCGGUAGAAGGUACCUCUGCAAGAAGUGAUGCGCCUGAGCCAACGGCAUGUAGCUCCGAUACCAAUGCAGACACAUGUCAAGAACAACAGCAGCAGGAGCAGCAACAACAGCAGCACCAGCAGCAGCAGCAGGAGCAGCAGCAACAGCAGCAACAGCAGGACGUGCAUGAGCCAGAGCCAGAGGCAGAGGAAAGCACGUCCAAACUGAGGCAGUGCAGCCCUGCACCAGAAGUCCGAUCAGAUAAUCGCAAUGUGCAUGUCGUGAGGGGAGACACGGCCACGUCCAGAGUGAAUCCGUUUGUUUCCUUUGCUGGCUGGCCCCCUUAUCCCUCUGAAAACUCGCCCUGCACCAUACCACACUCAUCUCCGUCCACCUUGGAAUUGUUGCCCCUAGAUCUGACCCCCACGCCACACGACCCGACUGUACACAUGGCUUCCAGUGUAGAUCUGCCUGUAGACAACUCGAGUGUAAACAUGGCUGCCAGCGCAGAUGUGGCUACAGACAACUCGAGUGCACACCUGGCCAACGUAGAUUUGCCUGUAGAUGUACACAUGGGCGACUCGAGUGCAUACUUUGGCGAUGUGUCUGCGUCAUCGAGUGACGUGGUUGGCUUGGUGGAAAGCAUACCGGAGCGUCGUCAACACGGAACAUAUCAGAGAGGCAACCAAGACUAUUACAUAGGUCGAGGUGGUGCCAGAGUUCGGAUUCAAGCACAGGAGGCUAAUAGCUUUCAUCGCUUACUAUCCAAGUUUGAGAGUUUGGACUAUGACGUUCCGGAGAAUGAGCCGUACCUGCAACGCGAGCAGGAUCUGUCACAUCUCCGGCGAACCAAGGUCUAUCUGCUGAGAUGGGUGGUGAUGUGCUUGGUCGGCCUAAUCACAGCUCUGAUCGCCAUUUCCAUUGACGUCUGCAUCGACCACCUGUCUUCGGUCAAGUUCAAAUACGUACUGCAAUCUCUGGACCAUUGUGUGCGCAAUGACUGUCUGCACCACACCCUGCUGGUGGACCUGGGAUUCAAUCUGGCCUUCGUCAGCAUUGCCACAUGCCUGGUUGUGUACUUUGAGCCUGUCGCUGCAGGCAGCGGUAUACCUGAAAUCAAAUGCUUCUUGAAUGGUGUCAAGAUACCGCACGUUGUUCGGUUUAAGACACUGUUCUGCAAAGCCGUUGGGAUUGUGUUCUCCGUUGCUGGAGGGAUGCCAGUUGGAAAGGAAGGUCCCAUGAUCCACUCUGGUGCUGUGGUGGCAGCUGGAAUAUCUCAAGGACGCUCGGAGUUUGUCAAGAUGGACUUCAACCUCUUUCAGCAGUUUCGGCUGGAUCACGAGAAACGUGACUUUGUGUCCGGUGGGGCUGCGGCCGGGGUGGCCGCUGCAUUCGGUGCUCCUGUCGGCGGUGUUCUGUUCUCCCUGGAGGAAGGCGCUAGUUUCUGGAACCAGUCGUUGACUUGGCGCAUGUUCUUUGCGUCGAUGACGGCAGUGUUCACUCUCAAUAUCAUCUUGUCGGCGUAUCACGGCCAUGUCGGCGAUCUGUCCUACAACGGUCUGCUGGACUUUGGAACGUUUGCCGGAAAACCCUACUUUGGAUAUGAGCUGGUGAUUUUCCUCGUCAUGGGAGCUAUUGGUGGAUUGGUGGGAGCACUGUUCAACAAGAUCAACUACCAUCUCAGCAUCUACAGGAGAACCUACGUGGACAAACGCUGGAAGCGCUUUCUCGAGCCGCUGGUCGUAGCGGCGGUGGUCACCACUGCACUCUUCGUUGCCGUUCUGUACACCGACGAGUGUCAUUACAAUGGCCAGUAUCAGACAGAAGACAAGAAACCACAAGUGUUCUGUUCGGAUGGUCAGUUCCACUCAAUGGCUACAAUGGUGUUUUCUGUACCCGAAGAAGCCGUCAAAACUCUCUUCCAUGCUCCACCGGCGGUGAUAAGUGCAUCGACAGUGUUCAUCUUUGCCGGUAUCUUCUUCAUCCUGGCGUGUUGGACGUACGGUCUCGGCAUUCCCAGUGGUCUCUUUGUACCGUGCAUUCUCCUGGGUGCUGCCUGGGGCCGCGGUGUAGGCAUCGGGCUCAAUGCCCUUGCUCCAAAGUUCUUCGUUGAGCCCGGAAAGUACGCUUUGAUUGGAGCGGCAGCCACACUAGGCGGUGUGGUACGCAUGACUAUCUCUCUCACCGUCAUCAUCGUGGAGUCGACGGGCGACAUCACCUACGGACUGCCGAUCAUGUUGACCGUGAUGAUGGCCAAGUGGAUAGGAGAUCUGUUCAAUGAGGGUCUGUACGACAUUCACAUUGAGCUGCAGGGCGUUCCUCUCUUACCAUGGGAGCCACCGCCGGAGUGCAUCUCACUAACGGCCGGAGAUGUCAUGACCAAGCCUGUACAUUGUGUGCGGACAGUUGAAAAGGUUGGAGAGAUUGCACGACUCCUGGAGAGGACCAGUCACAACGGCUUUCCAGUCAUCGACAAUCUCAUCAUCAAUGUCCCUGAUGGGGAGUUCCCGUCGUACGGCCAUUUCCAAGGUCUUAUCCUCCGCUCUCAGCUCAUCAUUCUCCUGAAGAACGGAAUGUUCUGUGACGCCGACGGCAACAACCUACACGGACGUCAACAUCUGAGUCUGGAAGACUUCGAGGCUCUGUACCCACGAAUUCCAGCUAUUCAGACCGUUCACCUGUCUCAUCAGAUUCGUGACACCCAGUACAUUGACCUCAGACCCUACCUCAACCCCAUGCCAUACACUGUCACCGAGAAAAACACGAUGCACCACGUGUUCAAGCCGUUCCGUGCUCUGGGACUAAGGCACAUUGUUGUUGUGGACGAGCAUUUCCGAGUUGUUGGAAUCGUGACGCGCAAAGACCUGUCCCGCUAUCGUGAAGUCCACGGACUACACUCCGACGGACGUAUCAUGCGCUUGGAAGUGCUGUAGGCCAUGACCUGCGCGCUAUCUCCUGAUGACGCUGAUGAUGAUGUAGUGAUGAUGUCAUUGAGUAGGCAGUACAUUGCUGUGUGUACUGUUGCCCCGGCUACAACGUGCCAGUGGCUAGCCAUGACUGCGACAUGAUGCUGUUGCCGUGACGUUCAGACUAUGUACAGCGCUGCUGUGUGCAAUGUCACCCUCGGUGAUGUCUUCCCCGCUGAUAAGACAGACAAAUGCUUUGUUGUGAAAUGUGUUUGCUUGCAAGAGAUUCUUGACUUGAGAAUCUGUGCGCCGCUUCCUUCGCAUAUAUCUUCUUCCGUAAUGAUGUGUGAAGUACUUAUAUCUGUGGAGUGUGAUUAUUCUGCUGUCAGAUGAUCCCCUUGAGAAUCUUUACCCCUGUCCUGUUUUGUCUUGCUAAAACCCAUGUCAAUAUUUUUUGCAAAGAUUCCUAUGCAAAUAUUUAAAACUGUAGAAAACACAAUCUAUAGAUAGAUAUACCCGUUGUUAUGGCAACCAUGUCGCCAUGCGUUCAUAGCUUCUGCCCAAUCCCCCUCUGGAGUCCAGUCUGCUGAAUGUGUUGUGCUAGGAUACGUUUCGAGCGGUGGAAGGCUCUGUAUCUGCUGAUUAUUCCUUUCCUUGUCCAUUGCUGGUGAGCGGAAACAUUGGUCAUAGUGUGUUUUCUUCAGAUGUUUCUAUUUAUUCUAUCUGACGGUGUGAUCCAUUACGCGUAUCUCCUUGUCUUUUGGAAAACAUGCAUAACAAGUA